GAUUUGUUUAUCAAAAUGGAUACCCCUUUUGUUGCACAAGUGACAGAAGACUUAAACACAAGAAAAAUAUUACAGACAAGGGAGACAAUUAUGACAUUCACAGGAAGACCCCCUAAGGAUGCAAGUCAUAUAGAAGAAGUGAAGCAUAUGAUUGAAACCUUUCCUCAUCCAAACUUGGACGGUGUAGUUCACCAACAGAACACAGGUGGAACAGUUCCUGUAGAUAGUGAUAUUUGGGAAAGACUAUCAGAUUGGAGAUCUCUCACACAGGAACAGCAAGAUGAAAAUAAAGAGUUUUUAUUAACAAGAUUUAGUGUAGAAGAUUUACAGUUAGCUUGGGACCAGUAUUUUGUACAGAAAGGAGAACUUCCAAGCUGUUCACAGUACAGAAUCUUUAUCAACAACUGGAGAGGUAAUAAAACUAAACGAAGGACUCAGUCACUAGCUGAAAUGAUGAGAGCUUUAGAGAAGAAAGAUGAUGAAAUUUACCAAGAAAGAGAUGAGCAGCAAUUAUUACAUUCUCAACUGGAACUGGUCAAUCAUAUUUACAAUGGGCAGCUGAGGCGUGUUCAUGAUCUUGAACAAGAUAAUGAUAUCUUAAGAGACAAUGUACACCAACUUGAAAAUGAAGUAGAGCAAAAGUCAGAAGAUAUUAAUCAUAUAAGGGACAUAACUGAAGUACAGGGUCGACAUGUGUACCAGUUAAGGAGGACAAUAACACAGAAAGAUAGACAGAUAUGUGAUCAGUGCAGUAAGAUGAGGGAUUUAGAGUAUACUAAGGGGGAGUAUGGUUCGGUUAUUAAGAGGCAGAAGUUGAUGAUUAAAGAGAAGAAAGAUGAAGUGAAGGCACAGAGUGCUACAAUUAAUGAAAUAAAUGUGAAGAAUGAAGAACAGAGUGCUAUAAUUAAUGAAAUAAAUGUGAAGAAUGAAGAACAGAGUGCUACAAUUAAUGAACAGAGUGCUACAAUUAAUGAACAGAGUGCUACAAUUAAUGAACAGAGUGCUACAAUUAAUGAACAGAGUGCUACAAUUAAUGAACAGAGUGCUACAAUUAAUGAAAUAAAUGUGAAGAAUGAAGAACAGAGUGCUACAAUUAAUGAAAUAAAUGUGAAGAAUGAAGAACAGUGUGCUACAAUUAAUGAACAGAGUUCUACAAUUAAUGAACAGAGUGCUACAAUUAAUGAACAGAGUGCUACAAUUAAUGAAAUAAAUGUGAAAAAUGAAGAACUGAAUGUAGAAAAUAAAGAACAGAGUGCUACAAUUAAUGAUCUCAUUGAGCAAAAUCAUGACAAAUGUAAAACCAUAAAUGAAAUGUGUGAACAAAACAGUAAAGUAAUAGACAAUCUGAAUAGUAAGAUAGAUAUGGAAGUUCGUGUUGGGCAGACCAAAGAACAGAUUAUAGCAGAACAAAGUCAGUUGAUAGAGGAACAGAAGGCAAUAAUUGAGGAACAGAAUGAAAGAUUAAGGAAGAAUAAGAAGGAUGAUGAAGAUUUAAGAAGACAAUUGGCAGAACAAGACAGAAUUAACCAGGAUCUGUAUGAUCAGUUAAAGGAUGUUAAAAUGUUGUGCAAUAAGCUGAUGAUGAAAAUACAAGCCAAAUCACAGAAUCAGUAGAAGUUGUUAGAUUCAGCAAACUCUUGGUGCAGCUAAAUUAUUAUUUACAGUGUAAAUGUUUACUUUGUACAGUGUAUUUAUAUAUAUUGUGAAUGAAAUAACCAUAAGAAUAUAGGAUUUGGAUUACAGACUAGUGUCAUAUAGACUCUCAGGAAACUUGUGUUCUAUAAUUUAUACCAGUUUUGUUUAUUUCGUUCACUUGUUAGAGAAAUUUUAAGGGCACAGUAGACUUUAAAUAUAUUGACCUCAUUUGCGUUUUGACAAACGAAGAGUCCUGCAUUUCAGUGUACAUGCUAUAUUGUUACUUGUAGAUUUUGACUACAUAUGUAUAUCAUUUAAAUGUGGGAACCAUAUAGUUGAUAAACAUUUUGUCCAAAAACUAACCAUUCAUAGCUGUAGGAUCAUUAUGUUUAAACAAGAGCUACAUUAUGCAAAAUCUAAACAACAAUUAUAAAGUUGUUGUUUUGUUUCAUUCAUUGAACAUGUUGAAAUGGAAAAGCAAUAUUGCAUUUAAGUACAUAAAGUUCACACUCUUAAAUAUCAUAUAGGGCAUCUAUGUUUUCAAACAUUCAUACAAAUAUGUGUUCGCUUUGUAUAUUAGCAGUUACAUGUACAUACCACUGUUCCUACUGUACAUACCACUGUAAUUACUGAUAUUUUUGACAUAAGGCUGAAACCAAAAUAGUUUUGUGGUAUAAUUAGUAUAGUUAUAUAUUCAAAAUUCAGUUAAGGCCAUCCUUAAACAUUCUUUAUUUAAUGUUGCCUACACAUGCCUUGAAAGGUUGGGUAGGUAGGUAGGGAUUUUUUUAUGUGGCCAACAACAUAAGUUACAUUUUUUAGACAAGAAAACAACGUCAAGAGCAGAAAAAAAUCUUUAAACAAAAUUUGAAAUGAUUUGUAUCAUAAAAUGUUUUUGGUAGGCUGCUUUUUAGGUGGGUAGGUAGGCAACAUCAAACAAUUCAAAUUUUAUUUUUGGCCUAAAAAAGAAUUCAAUUUGUUCUGUAGGCCAGUUCAUGAUUGCAUGAUAGGAUAUAAUGUGUUGGUCUUCCUGACUGGACAGAGCUUACGAUUACAGUUUUUAUUGAAGAGUUAUUAUUGUCAUUACAGUAAUCCUUAAGCUUUGCCCAUUCCAGUCAAUACAUCAAUAACAUUUGAAUAUUCACAAAAAUACUUAUUUUAAUGGGAGAUAACUCAAAAAUAAAUUUUGGAAUGUGCAGAACAGACUUGCUGUGCAACCAUGUUAGACCUAGGAUCAUCUGUUCUGUUGUAAAGCAGCUGGAUUAAGUUUUAUGGAAGUAUUGAAAAUGUUUAUGAUUUGUUGUAAAUAAUUUGUAUACAAGAAUUUCAAAUGUAAUUUAACAUUGAUAAGGCUUAUUGAAAUUGCAUUUAAGUCAUUAAUAUUUUUGUGUCAAUAUAUAGCAGCUCAUACAUGUAUGUUAUAAUUUAGUAGUGCUAUUUUGCCUAAUGUUGUUGUAAUGCUAUGUUUUAUUCUAGCAAUGUAUAUUGCUGUUUUGUUUGUUAUAUUAUGUUUAUUGUUUUUGUAUGUCUCUUUUCCUAAUAUUAUUGUGCUGUUUCAAUUUUGUAUCAUUUAUCGAAAAUUUUAUUAUUAACAUAAUGAUCCCAGUUUAGAAUUUUGAUUUAAAAUUUUUAACUAAGUAGUAGGUUAAAUCACAAAAGAAAAGUGUAAAAUUCACCAAAAUUUGAAAGUAGCAGAAACUUUUCAAGAGGGAGUUCUCAUAAUACAUAUAGUGAAAAUUAUUUAAAAGAAAUAAUAUGCUACAUGCAUAAGUCAUAUAAAUGCACAAGAAUCCUUCAAAUAUAGUCCAACUCACUGCCACCAUUUGGGGGAGCCAGUAUUAUAACCUUACAAACAGACAUCUACACAAUAUAUGUCUCAAUUCCAGUUGAUGUGUUCAAAUUUAAAUACGCAGCAGAUUUGUUUGUUUUUCUGAAAUUUGAAAGAUUAUUUACCACCAAAUUUUAUACUUUUAUAUCCAUAUAUUAUUUGUAUAUAUUAAGAAGAAAUAUGCAGUUUAUUAUUUUUCAUCAUUUUUAUAUUUCCAAACAUGCAUGUAAUAUAUAUUGCUCGAGAUUAAGCAACCACCAAUGAAAUAAUCUAUCAUUAGGUAUCUUGACACCAGCUAUUAAUAUGACAUCAAAAGUUAGUACUGUAGAAGUAUUAAUUUCUUACAGAUUUUCCUUUAAAAAGAAAACUGUAAAUAUGUAUGCAAUGCUUUAAAAUAUAACUAAUACUGUGGAUUCGUUAUUUUUGUGGGUAGCAAUUUUUGUGGAUUUAGGAAAAAUAUAUUUUGUGGAUAUUUGAUUUUGUGAUUUUGCAAAACUCUAUAAACAUUGAUAUAAAAGAAUAUAAGCACUUUAUUAUUUGUUAAACAUUUAAAUUAGUGGUAUACCUUUACCCAUGAUAGCCAAGAAAAAUUGGUACCUCACAAAUAAUAAUGAUUCCAUAGUUUUACAAAAUAGAUAGAACCAAUUGUUAGGCUAUGAAAACUUGCCUUUUAUGCUACUGAUAAACCUGAAGAAUGAAAUUAAUUUCUAAAAAUAUGUCUAAUUUCUGAUUUUCAUAAUAUUAUCUACCUAUGAUCUGAAUUUCUUUUUCUUUUCUAUUUCAUCUUAUAUCUAUCAUGUCUUUCUAAAUGUUUUAUGAUGUAUUAAUUCUAUUUUAUUCAUAAGAAAUUUCUGAAUGUUUUAUAAAUGUAUUAAUUCUAUAUGAUUCAUAUGAGAUUUCAAAAUGUGUAAUUUUAGAGAUAUUUUUAAACUAUGAGAAAAUUUUUAGCUACAGGAAUUUAUGCAGUAUCAUCUGCACAAAAAUUUUAUGUCAAAAUAUAUUUAUAAAAUUCUUUAUUAAUUAUAUACAGUGUCUAACUUAAAUUUUUUUCUUGUCUUUGAUGUUGGAAUUUUAUACAAAAUAUUUAGAAAAAAGUAUGGAAUACUUUAUUUUUAAUAUUGAAAGUAUGUACAAUUAACUUGUUUAUGGAUAACUUUACUUUAAAAUGCAUUUGUUAGUUUCUUGGUCUUGUUUGUUUUCAAAUUAAUGUAUUACAUUUUAUUCAUACUGUGGCUGUAAUUAGUUUUUAGUUCAGAACAAUAUUUGCAAGGACUAUUCCAUGAUCUUGCACUUGCAUGGAGAUAUUUGCUUUUUUAAACUCCAAAUACCCCCAAAAUGAAAUUUCAAAAAAUUCUAUAUAAGUCUUCUUUUUUUUGUAGAAAAAUGCAACCACCCACCAUUUUUAAUUUUAUCCUCCCCAUACAAUCAUUUCUGGAACAGUCCGAAGCUAGUUGUUAUCAAAUUUGCAUGCGAUAGCAGUUUGUUGGUGCUCAGGGAAUAAUACAUUUUUGGUAAGCUGCCAGCUGGAUACAGAAAAAUUUAAUUUUCUUUCAUUAACUUCAGUUACAAAUAUUGAGAAAUAUAAUUACCUAAGUGGUAAGAAGUGCCAUAUACAUGUAUUUUUACAGACCAGUUGUAAAGUUUUAAGUCAAAAUUUUAUUCAUCUCCAUUAUUUCAUUCCAAUUCUCGUGCAGAUUUGAUGAAAAGACCCCUUCACAAUAGUUGUUAUACUGAAGCUAACAGAUAUAUUUUCCAGAUGUACUACAAAUAUUGUGAAGGGUCUUUUAGUUAUGAUACAUUUAUGUUAACAGACAGUACUUUUAAAUGCAUAUAAGGUAAAACCAUUAAAAUAUAUGAAUAUUU